AUGUCAUUCACAAGGUUAAGGCAUGCUCUCUUCCCUCGUUCUUACUCUGCAAAGCUUCACACUCACUCUUCGCUGCCGUUGAUUCACGGUGUUCAUGACUCUGUUGCCUCAUUCAAUCCUCUUCCCCCAGUUAUUCCCGUUGUUCACGAUGCUGUUGCCUCAUUCAAUAGCAUGCGUCCUUCCCCCUUUAUUCACGAUGUUGAUCCGGCUGUAGCCUCAUUCAAUCGCAUGCUCAAUGUGCGACCUUGCCCACCCAUCACUCAAUUUAACAAGAUUUUGGGGUCCCUUGCUAGGGACAAGCGUUUCGAAACUGUUAUUCUGCUCUUCCCAAAAUUGCAAUACGUGGGAAUUCUACCAAAUCUUGUUUCUUUGUGUGUUCUCAUCAAUUGCUGCUGCCAAGUUCGUCACAGGACCUUAGCUCUUUCGGUAUUGGCCAAGAUCUUCAGACUGGGUUAUCUCCCCAGCACCAUAGUCUUGACCACACUCUUGAAUGGUCUCUUCCUUACUCGUAAUGCAGAAGAAGCCAUGUAUCUUCGUGACAAGAUGGCAGCGCAGGAAUUUCAGAUGGAUCAGAUUAGGUACUGGAUUUUGAUUUAUGGAUUAUGUGAAGUGGGAGAAGCAGGAUUUGCCAUUCAACUGCUGAGACAUGCUGAAGGGCACCUGAUUCAGCCCAGCGUGGAAGCAUACAUAAUGUACAGGGAAAGCAUUAAAAGGCUAUGCGAAGAUGAACUUUUGUACGAGGCAUGUGAUUGUGUCUCUGAAAUGGUUACCAGGGGAAUUCAACCCAACUGUGAGAUCUACCACAGUAUUAUUCACGGCUUUUGUCGUUUGGAUCAAGUACAGGAAGCAGUGGGUUUGUUCAAUGAAAUGCUAUUGAAAAGCAUCAACCCAAAAGUUUAUACUUUAGUCGUGUUGAUGGAUGUCCUGUCUAAGUAUGGAAAAGUGAGAGAAGCUAAAACUGCUUUGGCUGUGAUGGUAAUAAGAGAAGAAAAGGAUGAAGAUAAUAAGGCAGAGAAACUUCUACCUGAAAUUGUUGCUAGCGGCUCUUGUAAGGAUAAAGUCUUAGAUGCUUUCUAG